AAGCGGGAAGAAAUAGACGGAAAGGAUGCACUUUGCUUCAAGCGUUUCCUGAAAGAAAAAAAACCCCAAAAAUCGAAUGACUUGCACAGUAGGCCUACAAAUUUAAAACAGCUAAUCAAGAUAAGUGAAAAAUAUGUCUUGAACUUCUCAGUAUUUGAGAAUAAAGGCUACAUUUUCAUAUUAUCUCAGAAAUGUUACAACGUUAUUCUUGUUAAAAUUCUUAGUUGUGUUAUUAUUUGCAUUUUACUGGACCUAAGACAAACAGCUAGAUUUUUUUUUUUUUAGAGUAAUACUUAAAGCAUUUCAAAAAGAUGUGUUUUCAGGUUAGCUAUAGAGGCAAGUGUCCCGUUGGGGGCGCAGGAGGAAUUUAAAAUAAAAUCACACACAAAAACUCUCACACUGUUAAAACAAGAGGUUGGUGAGCUCUUUAAUUGAGCUUAUUUGUUAAUGAAGUGAUUUACAAAGAUUUAUAUCUGCACAUAUAUUGUAUUCAUAUCAAUUAUAUGAGGUAUUUUAAGCAUGAAGGUGCUCAAAAGUCUAACCAGGUCCUUUAAUUUAUUUGUGGAAAAUGUAGUGUAAGUAAAUGCAGGGUUUGUCUCUCAGAAUCGCAGAGUGAAGGUUUCUUUCUAGUCUCACCUCUUCGCACUUUCAGACAAGACACAUUCACAGCAAAUAAACUCAAUUUGGUCUUGAAUUUUGAAGAUGAAGUUCAAUACGCCUUGAUAAUGACAAAAAAACAAAACAAAAAAACAUUGUCCUUCAUGAUUUUGACCUGACAUUGCAGUUAUAGCAGAAGUCUUCAUUUCUUGUGGAAAACCCAGUUUAGCUGCUCCCUCUAGUGGUUUGAGGUUGUAGUUGUACCAAAAUGUGCACAUUUUCAUUAAAACUGAAAACUGUGGGAUUAACUGCUGUAAUCUUUAGUUGGACCUGCACUCUUUGCCUCCAUAGCACGUAAAGGGCAGCAGGGGCGUAGCAGUGAGGGGAGCAGUGGAACUAAGUACCCAGGGACCCAACAUGGAGAGGGCCCUCAAAAAGCCUGGAAUUAAAACCUUGUUUUUUAUCAGCAUCAUUUUCUAUGUUAUUAGCAUAAUCACUACACUAUUAUUGUUGACUGAAUAAACAGUUUGACAAACAAUUGAUUGUAUCUAAAACAAUAUUAGAGCUUCUCAGGGCCACUGUGAAGGCAGAUUUGCAACACAAGUAGUGUUUUAUUGUAUAUUAUAUGUAGGCUAUUAUACAAUAUCAUACAAUUUUAAGAUAUGUACAAUUUUUCUCAAGUAAUAACUUUUGAAAUAUGAUCUAUUUACCAGUGUUUUGAUCAUUUUUACUAUCAUAUGUACAGCCAUUACUGAUGCAAAUAAACGUUAAAAAAAGUUCAAUAACUUGACAGAAUUGUUAUUUAACAUGACUCCCUGUAUUAAGACUUUUGUGUUGUGCUCAUGGUAGCUAUAAUAAAGACCCUUAACAAACUGUGACAGAAAUAAUGUUGUAAAACCUCACAGAGAAAAGAGAUCUGAAAUAUAUUUCAAAUUGUUUUUUUUGAAAAGAUCUUAUAAACACUUAAUUACUGAUCACCCUAAUAACCACUGCUGAUGCAUAUGUUGUUGUUUGUACAGGCGUGACAAUGGAUGUAUUAAAGGGGGAAGUGGGGCCACUGAGGCUGCAGAUGUACGGGGGCCCAGGCCGCUGGUUUGGGGUUUGGUGGCGGAUCAUUUAUUAGGCUGUUUUACAUUUAUGCUCAUCAUGUGUUCAGAAAACCAAAGACAGAAAUCCGUGUUUUCGUUUUGCACCCAGUGUGGCCUAUAACCCCGCCUGUCGCUGUAUUGUAGAUACCAUUAUAAUAACUGCAGGUUACACGCGCCCAGUUCAGUCAAUAAACAGCUGAUGAAGUAGAGUAGUUUGUCUAUGGAAUAGGCUCGGACCCCAAACUGCUGAGUCAGACGCCGUUAGGCAAAUAUGUUCUAAAAAAGAAUCCUGGAUACUUCGGAGCGCGCGUUCGGUCCAGAUUCUCGUGUAUUUGAAACACCACAGGUUAGACCUGCGGCUAGUGGGCCAGCUGUGGAGUUAAAGAAGACAAGAGAAAACAAGAAAAAUAUCGACUGCUUAACAACAAAUCAGUUGUUGUUUUUUUUACAAGAUCACCAACAGCACAUGAUGAGACCUGCUGUGGUGCUCCUUUGUUUCCUAAUCAUGAGUGAAGGCCUUGCAGCAAGCAACAAACCACGCAGGAGUGUUUCCUUCCAAGACAUGAACUUGAGACAGUUCAAAGAGUCUGGCUUUGGCAGUUUGAGCUCUCUGAUGGUAAGAGACGACAUCGGCCAGCUUGUCAUCGGAGCCAGAGGGAAGGUGCUCACCCUCAGCUUGGAUGACAUCACCAAAAAGACCGGUGAGGCCAAAUGGAUGGUCAGUCCAGCAGACAAAGCCCUCUGUCAAAUGAAGGGCAAGGACACUGAGGAAUGUGAUAACUUCAUCCGGACUCUACACACAACGGAGGACGGUAAAAUGCUAGUAUGCGGGACAAACGCUUUCAACCCUGCGUGUGACUACAUGACUUUCACAAAUGGAAGUGUCUCUUUAGAAGGAAAGAUGCAGAACGGUAGGGGGAAAAUUCCUUUUGACCCCUACCAAUGCUUUGUUUCCCUUAUGGAUGGAAACACUUUGUACUCGGCCGCUUCCUCCAACUUUCUGGGCACAGAACUGGUGUUUCAGAGACACGGACCGAGCCCUCUUAAGACUGAAAUUAAACGCUCCUGGUUCAACGAGCCUACCAUGAUUUCCAUAAGCCUCAUUGAAGCAAGCAAAAGCAGCAAAAACGGUGAAGACGACAAUAUAUUCUUGUUCUUCACUGAGAAUGCUGUAGAGGAACAUCACGACAACAUCCAGGUGUCAAGGAUUGCCCAUGUGUGUAAGAGCGACUUGGGGGGCAAAAGGACCCUGCAGAGAAAGUGGACUUCUUUCUUGAAGGCCCGUUUGGACUGUCCAUUCGGCGAGACUGGCUCACCAUCCCUGGUUCAGGACGUUUUCCUUUUCCGAGACCAAAAUAACUGGAGGGAUAGCAUCUUUUACACCACAUUCACCUCCAACUCGGAGUCCUCGGGUGGUUGCAGCCGGUCUGCUAUCUGUCCGUACAAGCUGUCAGACAUCAGCCAGGUGUUCAGCGGGAGGUUUUUGACUGAGAGUGAUACUGGGAGCUGGGACACAUACACAGGAGAGGAGCCAUUCCCUCACCCUGGUUCAUGCAUAAACGAUGAACUGCGUGCCGAAGGCGUGAUGACCUCUCUCGACCUCUCAGACAAAACCCUGCUGUUUGUAAAGAACCACCCUCUGAUGGAGGGGGUGGUUACACCGAUAGCUGGCAAGCCUCUGCUGGUCCGCACAGGCACACGAUUUUCCAAAAUUGUCGUGGACCAAGUCACGUCACUGGACGGACGACAGCAUAUAGUUAUGCUUAUUGGCACAGACUCCGGUUGGCUGCAGAAGGCAGUGAGGUUUGAUGGCGAGGACGGACGCAUCAUCGAGGAGCUGCAGCUGUUUCAAACUCCUCAGCCUGUCAACUUUCUCCAGCUCUCCUCCAAAACAGGCCAGCUGUACAGUGGCGCCAAUAAUGUUGCUGUUCAAGUUAAUGUAAGGGACUGCAGCCGCUACACAUCAUGCGAUGACUGCCUUCUUGCCAGAGACCCAUACUGUGGCUGGGACAAGAUCAGUGGCCAGUGUGCGUCUGUUGUUAGCUCAUUACUUGGGUCCAUGAUUCAGAGUUUGACUGAUGGAGACAUCAGGAUGUGCCCGAUCUCCGAGUUGAAAAAGAAACCUGCCGUUAUCCACCUCACCAUCGGGAUCGCGCAGUUCCUCCCAUGUUCCCCCGAGACAAACCUCCCAAUCAGCUGGCGCUUCUCUGACAGCAUCCUCCUUCCCGGUCCCCGACACACUGUACUCAGCCACGGUCUCAUCAUCAGACCCUCCUAUUCUGAUUCUGGCCUUUACACCUGUGAGACAGUGGAAACAGUAAAGAGUAAAAUGCACCGGAAGACUGUGGUACAGUACCUCGUCCAGGUUGAGGACACUAAGACUGUUGUCAGAAACCUGAGGGUGGCGGUGAUCACCUUGGCUGUUUUCACGGGCUUGCUGAUAUUGUUCAUGCGCAGCGGCCUCGUGAUCAGACACCUAAAGGCAAAAAAGCAAAGUCACAUCGGUUGUGGCAACCAAAACAGCAACAACAAUCAAGUGAUCCCUGUGAGGCCUUUCUGUCAUUAUGACCAGACCACAGAUCGACCCACGGAGGAAGGUCUGGUUCACUGUGAGCAGGCAGAGGAGCGUCACAUGGGGGCUAACAGUGGGAGUGAUGCUGCCACAGAAAAGGAACAGUGUGUGGAGAAUGGGAGUGUUAUAUCUAUACUUGUUCUCCCAGAAGGCACUGUGGCAAAGGUGGCUGACGAGGAGGUGGAGGCAGACAGUGACCAUGGCUGCACAGUUAUGGGGAUCACAGAGUAACCCCCUCCUUUCACACUUUGUUUCACUGUAUUGUAUUGCAUGUAUAUUUCAAUAAAUGCAAAAAAAUAGGAAUAAUA